AUGGCCGACGACGCUAGCAGCAACCAACGGUCCCCACCAAAAAAACACUCCAUUGACACUAACGACAACAACAUCUCAAGAUCUUCUAGAAGCUCCGUUGACUCUCAGAGACCGAAACCACCACCACCACCACCACCACCACCAACACCAAUGACAACAACAUCUGGUAUCCCUCCGCCUGAGAACGCUCGCCGUUACGAGGAUCUCUCUCGCAGGAAUCUUAACCGAUUAUCUUAUCGCCGGUGUUUCUGCUACUUCUUUGUUGCUCUACUCGUUCUCGUCACACUCGCGGCGGUUCUUGUGGGGAUCUUCUUCCUCGUUUUCCGACCACAUAAGCCGAUGUUCUCCGUGAGUGGAGUCUCCAUCGCCGGAAUGAAUCUAACGUCGUCAACGUCACUAAUAUCUCCGUUAAUCAAAAUCAACUUGCGUGCUAAGGACGUUAACACGUUUCUCGGUUUGAUAUACGGCGGAGGAAGUGCGGUGGAGAUUUUCUACGACGCAGUCAAACUAGGUGACGGCGAGUUAACGCCGUUUUAUCAGCCGGCAGAUAAGGUAACGGAGACGGUGACGACGUUAAGGGGAACAGUGAUCGAGUUAGCGAGCUCGACGCGGGAAGAUUUGAAGGAAGCUGAGAAUAAAGGAAAAGUGCCGUUUGAUUUGAGGGUUAAAGCGCCGUUUAAGUUUAAGGUUAGCGCCGUGACCAUGUGGAGGAUGGUUGUUACUGUGGACUGCAAAGUAACAGUGGACAAACUGACGUUAUCAGCAACUGUGAUAACGGAGAAUUGCGUUACAGAAGACAUAGCCGUGUUGUGA